AUGGAAAGUGUCGAAGGAACGUCCGGUCGAGCCAAAAGACAAGCGUUCAAGGAUCAAGCAUAUCCUAACACCACGUGGCAACAAGGAGUCUUCUACCGCUUCGACGACAGUGUAGACCCUUAUGUAAGGAGAAUAUUCCAAAUGGGUGCGAAACAAUGGGAAGACGUAACCUGCUUGAACUUCACUGAAGAUAAAGACAAAAAAGCUGAAAACAGCAUUGUUUUAAUCAGUGAGGAUGGCUGCUGGUCAUAUGUAGGACGAGUCGGUGGUGAGCAACCUCUCUCACUUGGUGAAGGCUGCGAACAGGUUGGAAUCGCUACACAUGAACUCGGUCACGCGCUUGGGCUCUUCCACACCAUGUCACGUUACGAUCGUGAUGAAUUUAUUACAGUCGUUCUUGAUAAUGUUGUGGAAGGUUUCGUGGAUCAAUACGUGAAAGAGACAAAUGAAACCACUACCAACUAUGGAUUCACCUAUGAUUAUGGUAGCAUUAUGCAUUACGGAGCAGCCAGCGCCUCUCACAACAAGAAACCCACAAUGGUAGCCAAUGAUACAAGGUACCAGGAGUCGAUGGGCUCGCAGAUCAUUUCGUUCAUUGAUAAGUCUAUGAUUAAACGAUCACUAUAA